AUGGUGUCUGCUUUCGAUAUGGUGGAGUACGCUCAAUUUCACUCACGUCCUCUGCAGAGGUUAAUCUUCUCCAAGUGGGCCGGCCGGCCUCUGCGGAUCAGGUCUAAAAUGAUCUCCUUGACUCCGGAGGUCCAUCUUUCACUGAGCAAGUGGCUCCAGGACCAACAACUGAGUCAGAGCCGCCCCUUCUGGAUAUCCAGUUGGGUCCUACUGACAACGGAUGCCAGUCUGAGAGCUCUGAGAGUAGAUGCAGUGUUUCCAUGUCCUAUAAAUGCUAAAUGUUUUACACAGAACACAAAGCGUAUUACCCAUCAGCCAGGUAAGGCAGGUGAGAGGCCAUUUCCAUGUUCUGAGUGUGGGAAAUGUUUUACACAGAAAUCAGAUCUUGUUUCACAUGAGAGAAUACACACAGGUGAGAGGCCAUUUUCAUGUUCUGAGUGUGGGAAAUGUUUUAUACAAAAAUCACAUCUUGUUAGGCAUAAGAAACAUCACACAGGUGAGAAACCAUUUCCAUGUUCUGAGUGUGGGAAAUGUUUUACAGAGAAAUCAAAUCUUGUUAUGCAUGAGAGAAUACAUACAGGUGAGGGGCAUGUUUCAUGCUCUAGGUGUGGGAAGUGUUUUUUAAAGAAAUCAAAUCUUCUUACACAUCAGAGAAGUCACAUAGGUGAGAAGCCAUUUUCCUGUUCUGAGUGUGGGAAAUGUUUUUCAAAUAAAUCACAUCUUAAUACACAUCGGAGAACUCACACAGAUGAGAGGCCAUAUCCAUGUUCUGAGUGUGGGAAGUGUUUUCCACGGAAAUCAAAUCUUGUUAGACAUGAGAGAAUACAUACAGAAGUCAUACUGGUGAGGCCAUUUUCCUGUUCUGAGUGUAGGAAAUGUUUUACACAGAUAUCAAAUCUGAUUAAUCAACAGAAAACUCACACAGGUGAGAAAGCAUAUUCCUGUUCUAAGUGUGGAAAAUGUUUUUUACAUAAAUUCCAUCUUGUUAUACACCAGAGAAGUCACACAGGUGAGAAGCCAUUUCCAUGUUCUGAGCGUGGGAAAUGUUUUGCACAGAAAUUA